AUGGUAGAAAGAGAUUAUACGCCUCUAGGCUGUGAUGUCAACGUUAAGGCUAGCUUUUUCCUGUAUGAUCAAAUCCGAGAUAGAUAUUUGGUCAUUGAAGAUUCUCUUGUUGAAAGGCGUUAUCAUAACAUGAUGAGCGAGUGGAGUUUCACUGACAUAAUAUCACAUUAUGAACUGAAAGAAAUUUCCAAUGGAUACCUUGUCAGUGACUGCAUCAUACUUGGAGUGGAGGUUUUUGUUCUCAACAAUACAUAUAAAGGGGAGAGUCUUUCGUUCGUCAAAGAACCUGAAAACAGUCUGUUUACAUGGAAGAUCGACAAUUUUUCAUUAUAUAAUACCGAAUAUGUCUCUGAUGUUUUUGAUGUUAAAGGAAAUAAAUGGAAAUUAAGACUCAAUUCCAAGGAGGAGGGUUCAAACAAAGAAGAGAACCUAUUUCUUUAUUUAAGCUUGGAUGAUUCAAAGACAACAGUCAAUUAUGCAGAGUUUACACUCAGAAUAAUGGAUCAAAUCAAAGACAACCAUAUUGAGAAGAAAGGUGAUGGAUGGUUUGAAGAUGCAAGUGAUUGGAUGAAAAGUCCUGAGUCUUUGUCACUGCGUGGUCUCAAGAACAGAUCAAAUGAUUAUCUUGUGGACAAUAAGCUAAUCAUUCAAGCAAAAAUCAGCUGCAUGUGUGUGGUUAAAACCUUUUAA